CGACCCAGCCCAUCACAAUUGAACGAAAUGACCGAGGGCGUGGAUCACGGGCUUGUCCGGCGCUUCGUCGAUGACGACCCGACGUCGAACGAGUCACUUCUGCAGGCCACAAAAGACGAGGCAUCCCAUCAUACGGUCAGCAUACAACUUUCCUCAUCGUCGUCCGACCCCCCCAAAUCCGCCGAGAAACCCCACGGAAAACCGGCCCCGCUCCUCUGGUGUGACGGCAUCCGGGGUGUUGCGUCCCAAAUCGUGUUUACGUUUCACUUGAUCUACUGGUUCAUUGUCGCAGAAGAGUACGCCAACACAACUUGGUACCGCACCCUGCGUGCCGGCAAUGCGUCCGUCGAGAUGUUCCUCAUAUUGUCAGGAUUUGUCUUGACCGUUCGCUUCUUUGAACGAAUGCAAAUCAUCGAGCGUGCUAUCGCCGUGCAAGAUUCGACCACUGUGCGCAACUUGUUUGUGGAAGCGUACCAGUCCAUGGCGUCGACCGGUCUGCGCCGCAUCCCGCGCCUCCUCGGCCCCGUUGCCAUUGGCGCUGUUCUAUCGAUCUUCAUUUCGUGGUAUCGAAGCCAACCCGUGGAUCUCUUCGAGCUUGCUGUCUCCGUCGUCAAAACGCUGUUCAUAAUAUUCCCCAAGUUCAAUUCAACGCUGUGGACGCUUCGAGUUGAGUUGGAAGGGUCCCUCUUCACGAUGGCGUUUUGCAUGAUUCUGUCCAAGCUGCGGUACGCGCACCGCGUCGCAUUGUGUUUGGUUGCGAUUCCAAUUUUCCACAACCAGUACGGCGACUGGACGGGUGAGAAGAGCCAUUACUUUGGAUGCUUCGUCCUUGGAAUCCUCAUGGCAAACAUCAUUACCAAGCAAAAGCACGAACUCGAGCAUGGCCCAUUGCCCACGCGCCUCGAAGCCGCGCCAGUUUUCCCACGCACGGUCCCCAGUACUCUCGGAGCGUCCCUCGAGACGUUGGGGUUGUCCUUGUGCUACCUCAUCUACCACGCAUGGCAUGUCGUCCACAGCACGUGGCGAUCGGUGCGCCACUGCGUCCAGCGCCUACCGCCUCUGCUUGCGCACGUCAUGACCAACUCGGCCAACACGGUCGUGUUUCUCUUUGGCUCGUGGUUGUUCAUCUAUCGGCCAGAGUACGCGUCCGACUAUGGCGCGAUCGAUACCAUCGUGCACGCAGUAUUUGAAAAGGAACACGCCCGCAUGCUCCAUCGCGUCGGCGCGGUGCUUAUCCUGUACACUGUGUGCUGGUCGACAUGGCUCCAGCGCAUCUUCCAGAGCCGCGUGUGCCGGUACUGGGGCCGCAUCUCGUUUUUGCUCUACGUUGUGCACUGGCCCGUCGUACUGUUUGUCGGCGAUUUCGUCAAGCCAUGGGUGAAAGGCCUUGGAUGGCUAGAAGAAUCGGCCAAGCGAUUUUGCACCGUCGUGACUUAUGUCGUGGCGACUGUAAUUGCCCAUGUCACGACGAUAUACCUCGACGAGCCGUACGUCAAGUGGCUUGGCGCCCUCGAAAAGCGACUCGACAUGAAAGUCCCUCGCGCCGCACCCCACCAACACCCCGACGACUUGUCGCGCUGCGCAUAACGCGCCCAUCCAACGAGAACGAUACCUCCCAAUGUGUACAGAGUGCCGGUGUCCUGUAUAAUACAUGGCUGUUGUUCAACAACGACCUCAGCCUUCUACACUCCCCGCUCGUGCAACAUCCAGCCGUCGUCUUGCCUCCGUUCGGCCAAUGUGCUCGCUCACCGUCGCUCCUUCGUUUCUUGGACCUCGGACAUGUUGCCAGCCAAGGCUGCCGGUCUCCCUACGGUCCCGACUAUAGUUGUCGCCGGCCUCGUGCUACAAGCAAGACAUGAAAGUGAAAUAUACUAUUCAACUUGAUCCUA